UCCAGAUACCAAAAUGGGUGUUCCGAGUUGGUGGGAUAUACCGCUCCUAUACCACUCUCUUUUCGAUAAGGUAUAGAGACCAAAGAAUUGUGGGUCUAUCGUCCUCCUUCUCCCUCCAUCACUGUAAAAGCAAGAAACCCUAGAUACUAACAAAACCCUAUAAUUGGGCUUACCGAUCUCAACGUCUACGAUUCCUUUGUGAUUCUGUAAAUUGACACCAUGAGUUCUUGUAUCACAACAAGGUCUCCGACCUCUUACCAGCUCCGAUUAGCCGCCCUCAAUUGCAGGAAGUAUCCCUCACCUUCUGUCUUCCUACGGAUGCGUGGUCAUAAGCCAGACCAUCAAAUUCGUUGUUUUUCUUUUUCUAGAGAUAAUGUGACUCAUCAACGGACGGGUUCGAAAUUUUCUCUCAAUGCUUUUUCUGGAUGGUCUGGUGAUGAUAAUGACAGCGAAGUGUUGGAUGAAUCUCCACCGAAAAAGGGGUGGUCCGGAGGGAUAGUGGGAGCUGCAGUAGCAGGAGUUGUUCUUGUUGCUGGACUAGCCUUUGCAACAUUGUCUGUAAGCAAGCGGGUGUCUGGUAAGCACGGCUUAUUUCCAUAUGUUUUAUUUGAUUUCCAUUAUUGCAAGCUACCACAAUUUCUUCUCAUGUGUAGUUCACAGAAUCUAUUAAUAUUGUCAAUUUUCUAG